CGCCGCUAUGGACUCCAGACCAGUAGGUGUCGCGGCAUCCGAUCUUCUAUAGCGACGCGAGAUAAAGCUAGAAGUAGUUUUUCUGAUUUGUAAGUAAUGGCAACCAAACGUCCUUUCGUCGAUGAAGAUUUUUGUUGUCCCGUGUGUCGCUGUAUUUACGGCGAUCCCGUGUUGCUUCCUUGCGGCCACAGCGGCUGUAAAGAGUGUAUCCAAAACUACUGGGCGAUUCGAGAGUCCAGAGACUGUCCAAUAUGCAGAAAAGCGUCUGCUACUGACCCUCCACCAAACCUGGCUCUCAAAAACCUGUGCCAAUCUUUCUUGGUAUACAAGCGUGGUUUGGAGGAGAUGUGUGAAGUUCACCAGCAGAAAUUUAGUGUGUUUUGUUGUGACGAUGAAAAGCUCAUUUGCGAGUUUUGCAGAGAUUUAGAGGAGCACAGAAAUCACACGUGCCGUCCCAUCCGCGAGGUCGCUGAGGAACACAGGGGAGUUUAUCGUAACCAGCUUGAUCUUCUUAAGGCCAAACUGAAGGUUACACAAAGAUUUGACGGUUACUACAAGGCUAAAAACAUAAAGAACACAGCCAACUUUAGAAAGAAUCUAAUCCGAAAUGAAUUCAAGCAACUUCACCAGCUUUUGGAUGGCGAGGAAACUCGGUUGAUUGAAGAAUUAGAUCAAGAGAAAGAACUAAAACUACAGAUUAUGAAAGAGAAAAUCAGAAAGAUGAAUCAAGACAUAAUGUCUCUCUCCAACUCUGUUAAAGAUUUGGAAGAGACUCUGGAGAGUGGGGACAUCACUUUGCUUCAGACACUCAAGGAGACUUCAAUGAGCCUCAAGUUCACACCCCAAGAUCCUGAGGUGGCUACAGGAGAGCUUAUAGAUUGUGCCAAAUACAUGGGCAACCUCAAGUUCAAUGUCUGGAAGAAAAUUGGAGAAUCAAUAAGCUACUUUCCUGUAGUGUUGGACCACAAUACAGCUAGCUGUUUACUUGAACUGUCUGAUGAUCUGACAGAGGUGUGGAACCCCAAUGAGAUCCUAGAAGAGGAUGAAUAUCCAUUUUAUGCUCCUCUUCCUGCAAACCUGGAACGAUUCCAAAAUUGGCCCUGUGUGCUUGGCUCGGUGGGCUUCUCCACGGGUGUACACAGCUGGGAUGUUCAGGUGAAAGGCAAUAGUGUUUGGGCAGUGGGUGUGGCCACAGAAUCUGUGCAGAGAAAUGGGAAUGAAUACUGCGAGCCUAGUGAUGUUUGGCGUAUUGGAUUUGAUGGUAAAAUGCUCAAUGUGAAGGAACCGCUGGGGUCACGCAUCAAUUUGAGUGAAUAUGAGAGACCAAAGGAGGUGCGGGUGAAACUUGAUUUGAUUGAAGGACAGGUGUCGUUCUCAGACCCUCAGAGUAAUGCAGUCUAUCACACAUUUACACACAAUUUCACAGAGAAGGUGUUUCCGUACUUCCACACUAAGGGCAAUUUUCCUCUCCGAAUUCUGCCUGCGGACCAAUCCUUUUAUUAAAGUACUUUAGUUUCCUUUGGAAAAAUAGUCUUGUGUUUAACAAAACGGUUCCAAAUGUAAAUACAGUCCUAAAGUGUUAUGUUCACUUGUGAUGUCACGGUUCUUGUGAUCAUUUGCAGAUUUGUUAUUUUUACUUAAUUUUGAUCUGUAAUAGCUUUGGCACUUUAGAAAGUUUAAGGAAUAACAUGGUUCUUGGCUAUUUAAUGUUUUGAUAAACAAAAUAAUAUUUGUUUAAUAAAUUUUUUUUUUACCUUUGCUAGGAAGAUGUGUGUACUACCUCACGUGUGCAAUGUUUCAGUUCUGUUUUUUUGUUGUUGUUUACAAUAAAAGUAUACAGGAAAUGUCCUGUUAAUAUACUUAGAUGCUAAAAAAAUAAAGCAUAGUGUUGAGUUGCAAA